UGGAGCGCUUCCUCGCCCGUCCUGGUUGAGUUUGUCGGCUGAUUUAUCAGCGGUUUUAAUCAGAGGACUGGAAUGGCCUGUGUAGCAGCGGGGUCGAUAAUGGUGUCCGACUGGUAUCGCAGCCCUGAAAGCCGGGAGUUCUUCAGCAGGAUACUGCACAAGAAAAAGCGGAGAAAAUUCGGUCUGUUGGAAGUGCCGGUGAUGCCUCCACAUUUGAAAGCAGACAUAGUUCGCUAUAAAGUGUUCCUGUCAGGUAAAAGUGGAGUGGGGAAGACGACUCUAGCUGCUCGCCUUGCUGGUCUAGACAUGCCCAGCAUACACUAUGAAACCACAGGCAUGGAGACGUGUGUGGUGUUUUGGCCUGUGAAGCUGAGGGAAAGUGGCCGCAUGCUUUUCUUCCACUUCCAGCUCUGGGACUGUGGCGAGAAUGCCAUGCGCAGAUUUGACCACAUGCUGCUGUCUUGUAAGGAACAUGUGGACGCCAUCCUCUUCCUGUUCUCCUUCACUGACCAUGGAUCUUUUGAGGAUCUUUCCAGUCAAAUGUCUCGGAUCACAGAGCCCUCAGAGAGAGUUGUCAGAUUGGUGGUUGGGACCAAAUUUGACUUGUUUAUGCACACAGAUGUUACAGAGGGUGACAUCGCCCGCUUUCAGGAGGUGUGGGGUGUGCCAGUGUUUCGGGUUGGAGGCGAUGUGAGUGGAGGCUUUGGUGAAAUCGCACCCCUUUUAAAUGCUUUGGCAGAGAACUUGUGGCACCAGGACUGUAUGCACGCCUCCAUUUCAGUACCAUCUUACCCAGGACACAUUGGCCCAGAAAUUAUUGUAUAAGCUCACUUUAACAGCACACUGAUUGCCUUCAUGUUAGACACUGAAUCCAUUAUAUACUUUGUAGGAAUUCGACUCCCAGUUGAAAGGAGCUCAUAAGUAUCAAGUUAGCUCUGGAGCCUAUCCUGGAAACCCUGGGCAUAUACCCUGGAUAGGACACCAGUGUAUCCCAGGGCACCAUACACACACAUUCAUACCUAGGAGCAAUAUGCUGUAGCCAGUCCACCUUCUGGUAUGUUUUGAGAAAUAGGAGGAAACUGGAGCACCUGGAGGAAAUCUACAUGGACAUAGGGAGAAUGCACAAGGUUUCACAAACAAGAAGGUAUAAAUUGAGAAAACUGGAGUGUGAACCUGAAGCACUAUCUGCUGCACCACCGUGCCCUCCUUAAGUAAUAUUACUUUCAGUUUAAUCACUGCUAGACCAUUCUAAGGUGGAAGUAGGAAGUCAGAAUUGUCAUUUUCGACCUCCAUGUGUUCAAGUUACAAAGUGGGAAACAGUAAUAACCUAGCCAGCUUAUUUUAGUGAUAUGAGUGAUGUAUUACCUCCUCAAAACAGCAAACUGUAUAGUCAGUGUUUUAUAGAUUUAACAAAUUAAUGUCUGUCUGUUGAUUGUUCUAAAGCAAAUGCUAGUAUAAGUAAUUUAAGUUUUUUUUAAAGUGCUAGUUUGUUUACUGUCCAUGCUGUGAGCAGCCAUGUUGAGUUGAUGUCAUGCUAUGAACUUGGGGUUAAUGAGCCCUUACCGACUAGGAAUUCUGAGAUUUCUUUGGUUUUUCCUAGUCUGAGAUCAGAAAACUUGAGUUGAAUUUAGACAAAUAUGGCAUAAGCUCAACUGAUGAUAAAGAAGCAGUUCAAAUUAUAUUUGUUUAAUAAUAAGUUGGCAAGUGCAAUGAACAAUAUGAUUUUUUUAAACUUCUACCUCAACUAAUUUUGACAUCUGACCAUCAAGACAAAUACUUAUGAAUGGUGUCUUUUGUUGUUCAUUUUGCAAAUCAGUUACCAUAGUAAAGUUUUGUUGAACAACUGA